CUUUCGGGACACAGUAACAAACAUGACCCACCAAAAUUGAGCGGCGUGGCUACUCGGCCCAGUCGGACGCAGUCGCAGCCGAAGACAAUCGGCGUGACACAAACAUCGGCGCAAGCGACGCCUCAUGUAGGAGCAGUGUCAGCGGACAAAGUUGUUCCUGUGGAACCGAAACCGGCUCUGCAGAUGAUGCCAGCGAUUCCCGAAAUAUCGACUGCAUUCGCCUGCGGGCAAGAGGAGAUCUCGAGCAGCGUCCCCAUCUCGACGGCUGAGACGUCGCUGCAGCCGUUCGCCGAAGAGGCCCAGCACAGGAGAAAUGACCUCGUGUUGGAUGUAAGUAAGCUGCAUAUGAGAAACACGGAGGACAGACUGACUGUGCCCGACACAAGACGGGCACAAGCUGCUACGCCUAUGCAAAUCAGACGUGAAGGUGCCGCACAACAUCGGCUCGUCCUUGAAACAUGCAUGGUCCCUGAACUGCCGACUACCUCCAGCGCGGGUGACACAGAUGAUCAUCGAGAAAACGUUGCCGUGUAAAAGGAUCGGCUCAACCCAGAGGGGUGAAAUGAUCAUCACCGACGUGAAAGAACAGCAAUCCUAAAUAAGCUCCGUCCGCUCGUUCAGGGUGAUUUUUAUUGUCGUGUGUGCACUGUUUAUGCCAGCAUCUAGCCAUGAAUUCACAUACUGCCUUAAACACCACUUGGAUCGCCGACAUCAGAAGUGCUGGCG